GGCAUCUCCUGAAACAGUCACCAGCAUGAGCCCCUCCAGUACGGUAGACGAGGUCGCCAGAGCGCACACAAAUGGGCACAACACCAAGAAUGGCGAACACAACUCCAACGGGGCUACCAAGUCGAAAGCAGUUUCAAACAAGACACGGAAAUGGCAUUUCGAUACCCUUCAAGUUCAUUCGGGCCUUGAGAACGAGACUGCUCAUGGACAAUGCUCCCUUCCUAUAUACAACUCAGCAUCAUUUCGCUUCAAGUCAUCAAAGAGCAUCGAGGAUGCAUACAGCUUUGCCGAUGGCCCAAGAAGCCAAUUUUACAUGUAUAGCCGACUCUCCAACCCCAGUAAUGUCGGUUUCGAAAAGCGCAUGGCGGCUCUGGAGCUCGGAAAAGACGCUCUAAGUUUCGCCAGCGGCGCCGCUGCCAUUUUGACGGUCGCGCAAUCUUUGGUCACUGUUGGCGACAACGCUGUUGUGAGCGGUUCUGUCCAUGGGGGAACUUACCAUCAAUUCGAAGUCAUCCUCCCAGCAAUGGGCUUGGAGUGUCGCAUUAUGGACACAAACGACCUGGAGAAAGUAGAAGCGGCCAUCGAUGAGCGGACCAAGUUCGUCUUCACUGAGACUAUCAGCAACCCUAAAUUCGCAGUAGCGGACUUGGAAGGUCUUUCAGCUAUUACCAGACGUGCAAACAUUCCUCUAAUCGUCGACGCUACCUUCUCAGCUGCUGGUUUCUUCUGCCAGCCGGCCAGAUUUGGUGUCGACAUCAUCAUUCACUCAGCCACCAAAUGGAUCUGUGGCCAUGGAACCACGUUAGGGGGGGUUGUCAUUGAGACAGGCGUGUCUGAAUGGCAGUCCAACGCAGCAUGCUAUCCUCACCUUCAUGCCAAGCGCGGGCGUGAGGGCACCGAUAUCAGUCUCUACGACCAGUUUGGUAACGAAGCAUACAUGAGCUUCCUGCGAUGGGAGUUCAUGCGCGAUACUGGAGCUUGUCUUGGUGCACAGGCAGCCCAGCAGCUCUUCAUCGGGGUCGAGACCCUUUCACUUCGCUGUGAGCGCCAGCACCGCAAUGCGCUCUUCAUAUCGACCUGGCUGCGCAAUCACCCGCGCAUCGCUUGGGUCAAAUACCUGGGCUUUGAAGACCACCCGUAUCAUCAGCUUGCCUUGAAGUACCUGAAGGGAUUUGGGACUGUUAUGACCUUUGGGUUCAAGGGGUCAGUGGACAUGGCAUUCGAUGUUGUUGAUGCGUUUGAGAUUAUCUCGAAUACGCCUAAUGUUGGAGAUGCAAAGACUACCGUAGGUCACCACUGGUCUACAACGCACAAAGGGUGUUCUGUCGAGCAGAACGAGGCAAUGGGUGUGUAUGAAGACUUGUUCCGGUUGUCACUUGGCAUUGAAAAGGUGGACGAUCUCAUUGCCGACUUCCAGCAAGCCUUCGACGCGGUGCCACUCAGAACCUAA